ACGAUUUUCAAAAGUCUAGUCUUUACCCGGAUUAGUUAAACAUGGGAACUCCAAUUAGCACACUGAUCGAAGAGGAAAAUAGGAAGGAUGUAGUGUUUAAAGAGUUCCUCCAAAUGCUUGAAAAGAAUCUCAUAAACAAAAUUGCAGCGACUUCAGAAUCGAUGAAAACAGCUGCUAUAGAAGACGGAGAUUUACCUGUCGUGGCAAUUGUAGACAAGACAGAAAAGUAUUUGGUAAAAUGCUUAAAAGGGAACAAGGAUGUAACGGACGCGAUUGAUAACAUGCUUUCGGGAGAUUUUUUAUCAGGCAUCAAAGAUACGAUCACCCUUGCCGUCAAGGUGCUUCUCGGAGAUAAGAGUGGUUUCACAACACAGCAAAACGGGUUUCAUGUUGUAUUUGCAAACAACAGUCUUUUGCGUCUUGAUUAUUUACUGUAUAAGUAUAAUUUUCAAUCCGAAGGGUUUCAAAAUAAAUGUUCCAAUGCUUUUUGCUACUACAUGCAAAUUGGCGUCUUAAAUUUGGAAAAAGUCAACGCGCAAGUUCUGCUGUAUGAAUUGACAAAAUCCAUUGGUAUGAAGAAUAUUGCUACAGCGAAGAAGGAGCUUUCGGAAAUUAGUGAGUUUGCUAAAUUUUUGUUCAAAACAGUUGACAAUAUGGAAAAUAAAUUUUCAAGCAAUUACUUAAUGGCAGUCACAGCCAAAAAAUCCAAAUUACAACCCUACGUAAAAAUUGAUCAUAGUAUCACUCCAAAGGAUGAAAAGAAAGAAAAUUCUGAUAAUGACGAAGAUGAAGAAGAAAAAGAAGACGAAGGAUUACACCUUCCGAAUUACUCUUACUGAUUACACCUUCUGAAUUACCACUCCUGAAUUCAAUAAUAGAAAUAAUGCAAUGGUGUGAGUUUACGUGUUGGAAUUGCUAUUCACGAUUAAGCGAAUAAAAAAUACGUAUUA